AUGUGCACGGAAUGGCAUCAUCGCUUUCGCAGAUGCGGUCAUACGAGAUUCUUUCGAUGGGAGUACUGUAAGGGGACCAAAAAGAACGAAAGGAGCCCGGACAAGGGAACCGUUUGCCCAAGGUACUCGGCGAAGUACAGAGACAAUCAACAGGGCUACAACUGUUUU